UUAAGGUCCGUCAUCCGUUAGAUUUAUCCUUUAUCUCUGUAACCCUCGAGAGAGAUUUUCCCGCAAUGCGCCAGCCUACGAGAGCGAGUACAGGCUCUUGCGUCACAUAUAUGGCUCUCUCUAUCAAGUAGCUUAUCUCCAGUGCCCAUUGCAGCCUCUGCAACUAGAGGGCCAUUGCCAUGGCGGCCAAGUUUCAGCCUUUAACGCUCUGCCUUUCUUACCCAAGCUCUAAUCAUACGCCUAUGUUUCAGACGCCUUUUUCUUUUCCCUGCAUAAAGCGGGGACCUGCACUUAGCUCUUCAAAGAAAUCAAUUAAAUGCACAACGCUUCGAUCCUCCAAGCGAACGGGGAAGCGAAGGUACCCCUCCGAGAAGAAGAAGCUCGAGAGGAUGAAUAAAACUCUAACACAAACGGAAAUCAAGAUAAAGGAGGAGGGCUUUUGGAGAUUCUCUAAGCUCGCCAUCCCCGUCCACAAGGAUCCCGGCAAGGACUUCGUCGGCGUUUCUCUCCCUCUUCUUGAAUCAAUCUCCAAGGCCCUCGAGUUCCCGGUGGCCUCAAUGCUGCCAAUGGAAGCUUUUACAGUCGUUCGGAAGUCUUUUGAUGCAAGGAAGUUGUUGAAGGAACCUCAGUUUGUUUACACCGUGGACAUGGAUGUCAAGAAACUUUUGAAUCUGGAGCCUCGAGCAUCGGAUUUCAUUUCACGAUUGGAGCCAAAACUUGGGUCUAUAGAAUAUAUGCCAUCCAGAAAAGUCCUUGCUGAUUUAAUUAGCAUUGUACAUAAUUUGGUAGACAACCAACAUGGUACCAAACAGGAGGAAGCAAGGGAUGGCAUUCACAAUAAGUCUUUUAACCGUUCCUCGAUCGCUAAACGGCCAAAAGUUGCUGUUGUGGGAAGUGGACCGUCUGGCUUAUUCGCUUCCCUUGUCCUUAGUGAGCUUGGAGCAGAUGUCACUUUGAUAGAAAGGGGUCAAGCUGUUGAACAAAGAGGGCAUGAUAUUGGUGCCUUAGUAGUUCGAAGAGCUCUGCAACCUGAAAGCAACUUCUGCUUUGGCGAGGGUGGUGCAGGUACAUGGAGUGAUGGGAAGUUGGUUACCAGAAUAGGGAGGAACAGUGACAGUGUUUUGACUGUCAUGAAGACCCUGGUUCAUUUUGGAGCACCACCAGAGAUUCUUCUUGAUGGAAAGCCUCAUCUUGGAACAGAUCGCUUGAUUGGAAUUCUCAGGAACUUUAGACAGCAUUUAGUUCAAUUGGGCGUUGACAUAAAGUUUGGAACAAGGUUGGAUGAUCUUAUUGUGGAAAACAAACAGAUUAUUGGAAUCAAGGUCUCUAAUGCUAGAGAUGAGUGUGGAUCUAAUAGCCAUAGUUUGCCAUAUGAUGCAGUUGUUUUAGCAGUUGGGCAUUCAGCCCGAGAUGUUUAUCAAAUGCUUCUACAGCAUAAUGUGGAUAUGGUCCCUAAAGAUUUUGCUGUUGGCUUACGAAUCGAGCAUCCGCAGGAACUAAUAAACAAAAUACAGUAUUCUUCACUAGCCGCUGAGGUUCAAUUAGGUCGUGGAAAGGUACCUGUAGCAGAUUACAAGGUUGUUAAAUAUGUCAAUGAAGGAGAUGAGAUUGUGAAUUCAUGUUUGGAGGAUCGAUCUAGAAGCUGUUAUUCCUUUUGCAUGUGCCCUGGUGGACAGGUUGUGCUAACUAGCACAAAUUCAUCUGAGCUCUGCAUCAAUGGCAUGUCAUUUUCUCGUCGUUCGUCAAGAUGGGCUAAUGCGGCCAUUGUUGUUACCGUAUCGUCGAAUGACUUUGCUCCCUUCGGCAGUCAUGGGCCUCUUUGUGGAGUUGAAUUUCAGAGACACUACGAAAGAAAAGCAGCUAUGGUUGGGGGAGGAAAUUUUGUUGUUCCUGCACAGACAGUUACUGAUUUUCUUGAUAAUAAAUUAUCAGUGACUUCUCUACCGCAAUCAAGCUACAGAUUAGGAGUUAGACCCUCAAAUCUUCAUGAACUGCUUCCAACUCACAUUACUAAAGCCUUGCAACAUUCAAUAGCAGCUUUUGACAAAGAGCUUCCUGGCUAUAUUUGCAAGGAUGCCCUGCUUCAUGGCGUUGAGACAAGAACAAGCUCUCCAAUCCGAAUUCUACGCAACACAGACACCUAUGAGAGUACUUCUGUGAUGGGAUUGUACCCAGUUGGAGAAGGAGCUGGCCAUGCUGGAGGGAUUGUUAGUGCUGCUGUUGAUGGCAUCUACUGUGGCUUUGCCCUGGCUAAGAAUCUCAACCUGUUCGAGGGAGACAUCGAAGCGAUUUUGGGAAAAGCUAAGAGGAACACAGGUUUUAUAAAAUACUAAGCUUUUGUUGCUGGUUUCUCAAUUUCUAGAUUUCUUCAUUGCUCAAAUUUGAGACCUGAUAACAAUCCAUUAUCAUAUUUUCCUGUAGUGAAGUGUCUUUGUGUUCAGCAGGAAUUUUUGUAUGUUCAAUUACAGGCUUCAAAUUGUAAUAGUUCCUCUCCUUUUGGUUUCGAA